ACUUGCUUCUCUUUGAGGAGAGAACAUCUGUCUGAGGUUUGGACGCUUUCAACGUAGGAAAGAAGGGGCGAACCCUCCGAGUAUACCAUCCUUAAUCUUAGCAGAGGAUCAUUGGCUGAUUUGAGGGUAACAUUUGAAACACGAGAGAGAGAUAGAAUAAGAGAGAUAGAUAUUCAUUAUCUUGAUACUCAAGAAGAAACGUUAUCAUAACGAAAGUUUCAGCUGCAACUACUGAAGGAUAUGUCCGCCGCUUCAGAUUAUCCGGAGAUCGUGCCGAAGAGUGCAUCUGAGGCUAAAGGAAUAGACUUUUGUGGUACUAAACACAGCUUCUAUAUUAUCCGAUCUGAUGUGGGUGUCUACAUGAGGUGCGAAGAUAUUCACGCUGGAAAAGAUAUCAAGAUUCACCGUCUAAGUGAGGCCUGUAGAUGGGGCGAUCAUUAUUUGGCCACUGACUCUUUUUUUUACAUCAUUAAAGGAGAUGAAUAUCGCAGAGUCACCGACCUGAGUAAAGACGAGGACGCUGUGGUUUACUCUCUUCAUCGCAACUGUCGCGGAGGAAGCGGCUACUACUCUGCCUUUGGUUAUUGGUACAUCGUGUUUGCCAACAGAGGUACCUACAGACGAGUGAGUAACAUGAACAAAGAUGAAGACGCAGUUGAAUAUAAAAUCCAUCAAGCGUUCCAAGAUGGCAUCUAUUUCUGGGGUACCAAUGAUUAUGUGUACUGUCUGAAGCAGGCUGGAAAAUGGGGUGUCACCUAUCACAGAAGCACCAAUAUGAACUUGAACAAAGAUUGCGGUGACUUCAGCGUUCACGAGUCAGUGCUCAAGUUUAUCCCUGGUGGUAUAGCGCACACCCAUGGAAAAGUGUUCGGGUAUUGGAAAGAUGUAAAAUGUCUUCAAAAUGACUCCGACACCGCCAUUGAAUUGGAAAAAACCAUCAAGAAAACCGUUGGAUUUGACAGGAGCACAAUGUCCUCCAUAGAGUUGGAAUGGUCCAUCGAGAUGGGAAUAAGCGAAGAAGUAGGAAUCAAAGCCCAAAUUUCAGAAUUGAUUGAGGCUCUCUGUAAAGUUCAGUAUAGCCUCAAAGAGACGUUUGGUGGAAAGAUGGUCAACACAGAGCAGUUCAAGUGGAGUGACCUCACUAAAGAAGACGAAAACGUUGAGCUGAAAAUUCCACCGAACACCAAGCUGUACGUUUGGCAGUUUCAAAUGGGCUUUGGAAAGAAGAAGAACCUCUUCAGUUGUGACACUGCGAUCACAUACGGUAAAACACCACCUGAGGAAACAUUAAAGUAUUUUAUGCAUUAACCGUCAUCCUGAGUUGGGCUGAAUCGGCGCCUGUUUAAGAGUGUUUAAAACAGUGACACAAACGAACCUCAGUAUGAGAACUGUGAGUGCGUAAGUUUACUCUGAGUAGAUAUAAGUGUGUCUUGAAAUUUCUUAUCUGUGGACAUAAGUGUGUUUCGAAAUUUCUUAUCUUUUUCAUUUAAUCGUUGAGCAGCAGACAAUACGUGUUUUGAGAAUCAAUUAAUAUACUGCAUUAAGUAUAACACGAGUAAACUUUUUUUUUGUGUGCUUUCCUCAGAGUGUUUUUUUAUGGUCAUUUAUUCUUUGAUUUAUAUAGAUACUGUGCUGACAUGUCCAAAAGGUUAUCAGUACUGCUGUUAAGCGUAAGGCAAGUGAACUUUGUUUGAAACGCGAUAGAUCGAGUGUUUAAAGUGAACAUAAGUGCAUAUAUUUUUUAAUUUCGUGGUUACCCUCAUUGGUUCAAACAUGCUGCACCUAUUUAAAAGGAUAUUAAAGAACAGUUAAGUGUGA